ACAGAUCAUAACAUGUGUACAGCAACUAGAAGUCAGCACAGGAAGUGGGAUAGGCAUACCCUGAAGAAGGCUCCAAUUGAUUGCGGAAUAUUGCAGAUAUCGCCAAUACAUGUAUAUUUGUCGGGCAUCGUGAAUUGUCAUUUACACACCUUUGUGGAGAGCUGAUCAUUGUCUUGCAGGAUGAAUAUAAAAAAAGCAAAAAGAUGGUUUCUUAUUCUCGUGGUAUCAUCGUGUUUAGUUGUCAUUCUCCUCAUCUUGAGUGGCUACCGAUUUUCACAUCUUCAUGACCACACCCUACUCCUUGACUGGAAGAACGGCCGCUCCCAGCAACAAGGUGUGCGUGGUGUGAAAACCCAGGCUAGGAAUCGAAUCCCUGGUCAAACGAGGGAACCGGUAGAUUCAAUACAUCUCACCCGAAAUCACCAUGUAGGGAUACAUGAAUCCAAAUACGACAAGAAAGAUGCUGUAUCAAGUAAUCCGGGAAUUCCCCAAUCGGAUGUUUCAGAAAUGUUAACAUUAAUCGGUGACCAAAUAUGGAGACCUCCGAUGGAAAAUCUAGCGAGUGGGAAGAAAAACAGUGGUUCUCUCAUGUUAGAUAACCAUGGUAACAAACAGACCAAUUUAGCUGAAACAAAUGUUGAUGCUGCACACGAUAUGGAAGGAAAAGCCGAUUUACAAGAUUUGGAAAGUUCAGUAUGGGGCUUACGUUCAGCAGAAAGCGCUGCUAAUUCAGAUGACAUUGGAGAGUCGUGGAUAGCGGAUCAACAGAUAAAAGGGGAAACGCAGCACAAUAACCAGGGCGAAGAUUUCUACCACUCGGAAAGUUUAGUGUCGAAUUUCUUUUCAACAAAAAGCCCUGUAAAAUUUAUAAAUGUCAGUAGAGAGUCGUGGAUAGAUCAGAAACAGACAGAAGACGAAGCAAAGCAGCAUCAUCAUAACCCUGGCAACUCAUCGACAUUGGCAUCAAGCCUGUCAGCGCGGACGUUCAAGAGAAAGGUGGAAGUUCAUCACAGACAAUUCCAGCUGUCUAAAGGGUUCCGAAAUCAACCGGAUGGUAGGGACAUUGGUGUCAUCAAAGAUGAACAUAUUCGGCAUUUUGCUUCCCAGAAAACAUCUCAUAAGAAGAUGUUCUCAAUGAAAGAAGAUGUUGUCAUGGAAUUGAUGCCAAAGUAUACAAACAUGCCUCCUGUUUCUCAAACCGAGUUCCUUCAGUUAAAAGCAAAUGGUAUCCUCCGUCGAAACAUUUCAAGGGAGCUUUUCAACUUGGCUCCCGAGGUAUUCUUGAAGACACCACUAACUUUCAGCAGACAAACAAGGGGACAGUGCUGGUUCGUGAAUGACGUCAAUGCCUCAGCCAAUCAGAGGAUGCGCUGUUUGCCUUACUUCUACGUCAUGGGCAUGCCCAAAUGUGGGACCACUGACCUCUACGCCAAAAUCGUUCGGCACGAUUCGGUUGUAAAUCUUCUAAAGGAGCCCCAUUGGUGGGCUAGAAAGAGAGUAGGACGAGGUAUUAAAGGUGCAAAGAGAAGACUUUCCUUUAAUGAUUAUCUUCAUCACUUUUCUAAUGUUGUCGAGGCGGUCUUUACGAAGAGAAAACCAAAGAUAUACGUAGGAGGGGAUGGAUCUGCAUCUACCAUGUGGUAUAUCUUGCAUUACAUCGGCGUGAAGGAUAAGCCUGACUAUCCAGCCCUUCCAGAGAUAAUCAGAGAGAUUCAACCGGAAGUCAAACUUAUUGCAAUGCUAAGAGAACCAGUUCAAAGGCUGUAUUCCGAUUAUAUGUAUUUUCAUCACAAAGUGGUGAAUGCCAACGACUUACACAACCUAGUAGAGUCUUCAAUUUCCAAUUUCACAAGUUGCACCAAAUCGCACUCAUUAAGAUACUGUGCCGGGAAAAGAGUUCGUGCCCAAGAGGCAAGGGUUACUGUUGGGUUGUAUUCGGUCUUCCUCGCUGAUUGGCUCAAAGUCUUCCCACGUGACAGCAUACUGAUACUGCGCCUGCGCGAUUGGAACGCCAAUUGUUUAACGCUACUCCCGAAAGUCUAUGCAUUCCUUGAAAUAGAAACACUAUCGGACACGGCAAUCAAAAUGAUAUGCAACUCCUGGGCCCAAAACGUCAAUUCAAAGACAAAGUUUCCCAUGAUGAAUGCUACAGUUGAAAUACUCUCCGAUUUCUAUCGACCUUACAACGAAGAUCUUGCUGCAUUACUUCAAGAUGAUCGAUUUCUAUGGCUGGAUUAGCUAUGUUCAUGUUAAUUACGAUUUCUUGUAUACCAUGAUUACAAAAAGUGAAGAAAGAUCAACAAAUGUCAAUACCAAUAGCCUGGAAGAAAUGGCUUGCUACGUGUUACGAGUAAGUUUUCUAGAGGCAACGCAAUAGAUUAUUGACUUUUGUUGUUGCCCCAAAGCCAUUGCGAUCGUGCUGUAUAUACCAUCUGUUUUUUAACCUGUAAGAAGGUAAGGUAGAAAGUUUUGGAAGGACUGCGUUGACCUUUUAAAAUAUAUUUUUCAAAGUUACAAAAUUUACACUAGCAAGAAAUUCAUAUCGGGAUAUUACAGGAUCCAAUGCUGGUGUAAUACAACAUAUGAUAAUUAUGUAUAGUUCAACUAAAAAUUGCCCCCAAAUCCCUCGAGAAAUUGAAAUUUCCUGUUUUAGAAAAUAGACAAGUCUAGAAGAAAUUGAAUUAGUCGAGGAUAGAGGUAACUUAACCCUUUACUUAAGAAAAUGGGACAACUUCCAUAGUUAAAGACGGCGAGGCAAAUAUUUCUAUAUCAGACUCAAACAUUUAAUAUAAUUUGGUCAGUGAGAAAUGGAAGAGAAUGGUUUUUCCAACAACUAUGUAGAUGUAGUUGUGCUCGGGAAGGGAGGGGGAAUUGUGGAGUUUUGGGUAUGGAAGGAGGGGGAGGAUGGAUAGGUAAUAUUGUAUGUGUGCAUGCGUGUCUGUGUGUGAGGCUAUUUUUUGAAAUAUUUUGUAUUCAGUGCACAACAAAUUAUAUUGUUAUAAAUGAGUAAUAAUUUCCAGCUGUUUAUAAUUCUGUUUAUUUUUCUGUGAUAAUUAGUAACUAAACGUAGCCUAUAUAUGCUUUGUUAUGCAUUUGUAAUGACUUGAUAACAAGAUGUAAAAUUGAAAGAAAACUUUUAAAUGGUUUUAUAUUUCAAGAGUUCUGAUUAUGUCAUGACAUAUCAUUUGAAAAUAUUGUUGAUCUCACUUUUAACCAAAGCUAACCACCACUUGAGAAAAUGACGUCGACGUACACACAGUAAAUAAAAGCUGGCUGGAGUGAAAAGUA